UCGCAAUUUGUUGCGGCCAAAGCUAACCUAAUCUCGAACACCUCUGUCUUCUCCUUUUCUUGUCCGUCGUCCACUCGCCGGCGUUGCGCUGGGUUCCGAUCUUCGUUUUAUGGCGGCGUACUCUUCUCAUCACUGGUUCCCAGCUUCCAAUUCUUCCGGGAGCACAUCCCCGGCGCAUCUCCUCGUCGUCGCCUCCUCUCUCCGUUUGGGCAAGCACUGCCGCGAUCUCUACUCCGCCAAUCUCCACGUCGUCUUUCAUCCUCCCGCAUCGUCGUCGGAUGGCUAUAGUCUGGACCAAAAAAGGGAUUUUGCGUGCAGGAAAAGAUAUUCCUCAAAGAGUUUUUCCUUUCUCGAGAAACUCUCUGAUUCUUUUUCGGCCUCGUGCUCAUCAUGCUUCUCUUUCUUUACCGGAAAGGAAUUUGGGAGGGGAUAUGUGAACGAAGGAAGAAUGCAGAUAAGGAAUUCUGGAGGGAAGCCCGUUAAUGGAAGAAUGCUGACCAAUGUCCUUCUGGUCGUUAACGUGCUGGUUUAUGCAGCUCAAAUUGCAACACAAGGGAAGUUGCUUUUGUGGGGAGCUAAGGUGAAUAGCUUGAUUGAUAAAGGACAACUAUGGAGGUUGGCAACAUCAGCUCUUCUUCAUGCCAACAUUGGGCAUCUUAUGAUUAAUUGUUACUCUUUGAACUCAGUUGGUCCUACAGUGGAGAAAAUGAGUGGUUCUAGACGAUUUCUGGCGAUAUAUUUCUCUUCAGCAAUAGCAAGUUCAGUCAUGAGUUACCGGUUCAGUCAAUCACCUUCUGUUGGUGCAUCUGGUGCUAUAUUUGGAUUAGUUGGUUCCUAUGCUGUAUUUGUUUUGAGGCAUAGAAAACUUGUCGGGGGUGCAAAGGAGGAUUUGCUUCAUGUUGCCCAUGUCAUUGCCUUAAAUAUGGUUAUUGGUUUUCUUUCUCGGGGCAUCGACAACUGGGGUCAUCUGGGAGGAUUGCUCGGUGGGGCUGCGGUAUCAUGGUUUCUUGGCCCUGCAUGGCACAUGUCGCGAAUGGCUGAUGGAAAAGUAGUGCUUGCUGACAGGGCUCCUAUUUAUCAGUUCAUCAACAGGAGAAGAUUGUCAUAGGACACGAUUGUGAUUGCAUGAACAAAUAACAGGAUGGUAUUCUGGAUCCAGUAAUAGCCAUUUCCAUCUGUAAAGAAAUAGUUCAAAAUAAAUAAAAAUAUGAAAAAGACCUCAUUUAUUUUCCCGAAGAAAUGUGUAAUAAUUCUUUUUUUCUUUCUUUGUGCUGAUGACUUAUACUCAACACCAACCAAAAUGUCACUCAUUUGAGCCGACUUUUUUUGCUGA